AUGGAGGAAGGUGGUGUUACCGUUUGCGUGAGAGUGCGGCCACUAAUUGCAAGUUUACACACCAGCUUAGAGCUUAGUAUGCGUUUUCCAGAUAUUUUGAUGUCAGAAACUACAAACCUUGUACCAGAAGAAAAUGAAGACCUUGAUGAAAAAGGACAGGUUUCAUGGAAAAGUGAAGACUGUAUUGUAUCACAAAUAGAUGGAACCAGGUCAUUUGUCUUUGAUCGUGUGUUCCACUCUGAAAGUAGUACAAAAGAAGUCUACCAAGGUGUGACAGCUCCUAUUAUCAAGUCAGCGGUUCAAGGAUAUAAUGGGACUAUUUUUGCUUACGGUCAGACAGCUUCAGGCAAAACAUACACAAUAUUGGGUACCAAAGAUAGUCCAGGUAUCUUACCCAUGGCAAUUAAUAAUGUCUUCAAUACUAUCUGCAGAAUUCCAGAUAGGGAAUUCCUACUCCGUAUAUCAUACAUGGAAAUUCAUAACGAAACUAUACAAGACUUGCUAUGCAGUAACAUUAGGAAAAAGAAGUCAUUAGUGGUUCGUGAAGACAUCAAUAGGACAAUCUAUGUUGAAGAUCUGAAUGAAGAAGUAGUGGUUUCUCCAGAGGAGGUCAUGACCUGGCUAAAGAAAGGAGAAAAAAACAGACACUAUGGUGAGACGAAAAUGAAUGAAAGAAGCAGCCGUUCUCAUACAAUUUUUAGAAUGAUCAUUGAAAGUAAAGAAAAGCAUACUUCUGGCUCAAGUUAUGAAGGAGCUGUAAUGGUUUCUCAUUUGAAUUUUGUAGAUCUGGCAGGAAGUGAAAGAGCUAGCCAAACAGGGGCUGAAGGAAUUCGACUUAAAGAAGGGUGUAAUAUUAACCGGAGCCUCUUCAUCUUGGGCCAGGUUAUCAAGAAACUUUGUGACGAUCAGUCUGGAGGCUUUAUAAACUACAGGGACAGUAAGCUAACAAGAAUUCUUCAGAACUCUUUGGGUGGAAAUGCUAAGACUGUUAUCAUAUGUACAAUUACACCAGCAUCGUUGGAAGAAACUCUUAGCACGCUGCAGUUUGCUAGUACAGCUAAAAAUAUGAAGAAUACCCCGAAAGUCAAUGAAGUUCUUGAUGAUGAUGCUCUUCUAAAGAGAUACCGUAAGGAAAUAGAAGAUUUGAAACGCCAACUGGAAGAAGUUUCAUCACAUUCUCAAACCAAAGAUCAGUUAGCACAACUCUUGGAAGAGAAGAAUUCUGUUCAGAAAGAGCAGCAAGACAGGAUAAGAGCACUGACAGAGAUGCUGGUGACUUCAUCCUCUUUUUUGCAAGAACGGGAGCUAAAGGCUAAAAAGAAGAGGCGUGUGACCUGGGCCCCUGGUCCUCUAAGCCAAGAUGGGGGAAAGCCUUUCUUGGAAGAGUUUCCUAAUAGAGCUAAACGCUUUAAAACUUCUCUAUCUAGUGUUACAGAGAUGGAAGAAUCUGUCUCCUCGGAAUUCUCAGAAUAUGAUGAUCAAUGCCUGACAGCCAGUAUUAUAAUGCCUGAGGAAGAAUGGAUCCCAAGACCUGAAAUAAAUUUUACUUCUAAAGACUUUGCCGAGUCUGUUGAUCUUUGCCAAAGCCUCUUAGAAGAAAGGGAUAAUGCUGUCACUGAACAGCAAGCCAUAAAAGCAAAACUUGAUAGUGUGUGCUUGGAGAAAGAACAGCUGGCCUAUGAACUCAGAGAGCUGCGUGAGAAAAUAUCAACCAAUGAGUUUGUGGCCCUUGAGAAACAGGCUUCUAAAGAGCAGGAGAUGCAACUAAUGCAUGAAAUUACCAUCUUAAAGGAUAUAAUUUCAAAUGCAGAAAUAUACAAUCAAGACCUUCAGCAAGAAAUAAACUCAAAAGAUAUGCAGUGCAAGGAACAAGAGGAAAGAAUCACAGUAUUGGAAGAGCACAAUAAGAAACUUGAAAGCUUUGUAGAAUUUAAAAAAGACACAAAUGAUGCAACCAUUUUAGUACAAACUCCAAGGAAAAGCCUGGAUGAAAUGCAAGAGUUAAAGCAGUCUCUUAGAGAUGCUGAAGCAGUUGCCCUGGAUGCCAAGAAAGAAUCUGCAUUCCUCCGAAGUGAAAAUCUAACACUGAAAGAAAAAAUGAACCAGCUCUCAGACACUUACAAUCAAAUGGAAAAAGACCUUGGAAGCCUCAAGACCCAGUUAGAAGCUAGAAACGUCACCUAUAAAAAAAUGCAGUCUGAUCUCCAAAAAGAACUGCAAUACUACUUUCAAGAAAAUGCAAAGCUGACAUCACUGGUGGAAGUUAACAAUUCAAAAGACUUGCUACCAUGUGUGGAUUUGGAAGGGAAAAUGGGGGAUUUAAAAAAUGACCUACAUAAAGCUUUGGAAGAGAAUGUGAGUUUAAAGGAAAAGAUUACUGCUUUAUCAGAAGCAAAUUCUGGAUCAGAUCUGGAAAUCUUACAUAAAGAGAUUGUUGAAAAAAAUGAGACAAUUGCUUUGCUGAUGUCAGAAAAAGAAAUGUUGCUCUCUCAAGUUGCUGAAAAAGAGAGAAUGGUUCAUGAAGCUACUCAAGCACUGGCAUCCAAAAUGGAUUUAGCAAAGGAUGAAGUGAUAAGAGAAAACACCAUAGCUUUUGAAGAACUCAGACAGCCGUGUGACAAAUUGGAGCAGAUGUCCUUAGUUGUGGCUGAAGAAAACAAAUCCAUGAAAACACAAAUAGAUUCCUGUUCCAAUGAAAGUCUCAAUACAUCCAUCAGUUAUAUCAUCCAAGAGCAAUCUAGCAAAAAUGGAGAAUUGCAAGAGAAGGACUUAGAGCAAGAGGUGCUACCUACUCUUAAAGAACAACUGGAUGAAGCUCAUCAGAAGCUGAAUGAAAUGGAAGAGCUCAAAGAUCAGCUGAAGGUUUGGGAGUCUAAAAUGGAAACUGAGGAGGCACAAAAGUUAGACAUGAUGCAAAGCCUUCAGGAAGGUAAAGAAAAAAUAAGAGUCUUGACCGAAGAAAUAAAUGACUUCAAACAAAAUCAGGAAGUCCUUGAGAAGGAGAGAGAUCAGCUCAAAGAAGAUAUACAAGAUACUAUCUGUAUGAAUAUUGAAGCUCAGGAAGGGUUCAUGAAUGCUCAGAAUUCUUUGAAGCAGUGUCAAAAGCACAUCAAAGAACUUGAAGAAACCAUUGCAGAGAAAGACCAACAAAUUUCAAGAGCUAAGGAAACUUUUGAAAUCACGACUGAUGAUCAAAAACAACAGAUAUUGCAGAUACUGCAGAUACUAAAAUUAGCAGACAACUUGGAAGACGUCUCGGUAAAAAAAACUCAAAAUGAAGGUGAUAUAAAUCAGAUUGUGCUAGACGUCAACAAUGAACUUCAGCAUAUCAAGGAGCACAUUAUCACUCUCCAGCAAGAGAAGAUGGUAUUGCAGCAUCAACUGGAGAAUUUGGAAAAGGAAAAGAAUCAGUAUCUAGAAAGCAACCAAAUGCUACAAACAAAGUCCUUUGACCUGCAGCAGUCACUCCAGAUGAAUCAGCAGAAUGUGGAAAAUUUUGAUGACACAGAUCAGCUAAAAAUUAGUCUUGAGUCUCAAAUGGAAGACCUGCAGAAGGAGAAAGCCGAGCUGGUUCAGAAGCUUCACAGCACUGAAGAAGACAUCAAAUACAUUAGCCAAGAAAAAGAGCAUCUGAGAAUAGAGGUAGAGGUUCUUCAAGCUGAGAAAGAUACCAUAACUCAAACUGUCCACCAUCUGGAUGAGACUAUAGAGAAGCUGAUUCCAACGAAUUUGGAACUGCAGGAGCAGUUGAAGGAGGCUAAUAAUUCUCUCAGUGAACACAAGGAAAUGGUAGAAGAACUGAAAGGAAAAAUCAUAGCCACAGAUUCUCAGACUUCAAAAAUUCAUGAGGAGUUGAAACAAAAGGCUGAAGAUACUCAAUUAGAACUGGAGAAAUUGUUAGCAUAUGUAAAAUUACAAGAACAUGAAGUUAAUACACAGAAGAAUUUAGUUCUUGAGAAACAACAGAUGUUUCAGAAAAUUGAAGAGGAAUUUAAAGAAGAAACAAAAAAACUAAAAGGAAAA